GACUGCACACUGUACCAACAAUUCAUGUAAUCAUGGCUUGUGUAAUGAUAUAGAUGGAGGUGGCUAUGCAUGCAAGUGUCAAGUUGGCUUUCAAGGACUCGAGUGUCGAGAUGAACAUUUUGUACGACAUAUAGAGGUAAAUGCGUCCUUCCCUGCAAGCAUUCCGGGCAACACUGUUGAUCUUACCCAAUCUUCUCUUCGAGCGUACCGAGUCGAGGUCACUUCUGGAUGCGGUAUCGGAAUUGAGUUCCGAAGUUACCCAUAUUUAGCCAGGUUAACCAUUAAAGACAACCUGGAAGCUCCAAUGAUUUAUCGAUCAUACAUAGCUGAAUCGGAGCAACUCGUGAGAGCAAUUAUAGGCCAGUAUAUCCAUUUUCCAAAAUCAUCACUGUGGCUGCAAUCGGAUAUCAAAAGAGACAUGGAAUCGGUUGUUAUAAAGGUAUACGAGUCAUGUGUGAAUGGGAACUGUCAUCACGGUACGUGUUCGUAUGGUGUAUGUUCUGACAUCACUAAUGAGUAUUCUUGUCAAUGUGAACCAGGCUAUGGGGGUUUAAACUGCGUCCAAGAUAUCGGUGUACAAGAAUGGAUCCUGGAUUGGCCCAAUGGUAGACAGGCGCUAAGACUCUCAGACAGUGUAACUUGCAAAGUGAAUGUGUCUAUGCAUGACUGUGGGAUCGAGUACUUCCUGCAUGGUACAAAAAGUAUCGACGAGUAUUCUAUAUCGCUUGUCAUCCGGACCUCAGACAGGUCAGGUGCAAAAUCUACAAUUCUGACCGAUUCCAAUGGCGAAUUCAACGAGUACGGAUACCUUAACCGGUCGAACCUCUGGUUCCAGCUGUAUACUACCGGAUUUAAGAGAGGUGCAUUAAUCAUGUCAGCCAAGUGCGACAUGUAUGAACAAGGUAUAUGA